CGUCGGCCAUUUUGCGUGUCGUUCUUGAAUUGAAAGGUUGUAGUUGUAUUUGUCAAGAAAUGUUUUAGUUAAUUAUAGUUGAAUAUAAGUGCAAGAAUAAUAAAUAAUGAUUCCUUGUUAAACUAGUUAAUCCAUUACGAGUUUCUCCAUGAAAGAUCUUUAAGAAUAUUCCAGAACUUUUAAGGUGGACAAGUGUUUCCCAAGGGCGGCGUCGCUUUAUUUUAUAAUCAAAUGUUGGCAACAAUGAACAUAACGAACGCGGUUUCAUCGUUGUAGUUGAGCCAGUGAUUUCUAAUUUUCCUCACAUGUAAUAAUUAUUCCUUCAAUUAUUGUGUUACUAUUAUAAUUAUGCUUUAUCCAAAAAAUGGACCAAAGCCUUUAGAGGCUGAGGAUGGUGAAAAAAUUCAUGGUCCACCAACACCGCAUCGUAUUAAAUUAUCCAGUGAACAAGAAGAGACAACGACACGUUCGAAACAAGUGAUACCCGAGAAGAAAAAGAAGACAACAACUGGUUGUGCUUUAAGUCCAGUGCAAUUUUCAGAAGAAAAAAAACAAAAACCAGUUACUAGAAAACGUCGAAAACAAAAUACAACUAAUACCACUACAACUACAACAAUAAUAAAAAAAGUUUCUGCUGAUACAAAUCACAAGCUCACUGAAUAUUAUACAGUUCGACGAAGUGUUCGAAAAUGUAAAACAACUGUUCUGGAGGAGAAACAACGAGACCUUGAGAGUAAAAUAAUUUCCGGUUGUGAAGAUGGCUUAGAGGUUAGGACAUUCGCUGGUAAGGGUCGUGGAAUUGUUACGACUCGAGAAUUCACUAAAGGAGAAUUUGUCGUAGAAUACAUUGGUGAUUUAAUCGAUCAAGUUGCAGCAAAAAAGCGUGAAAAUCAAUAUGCUCAAGAUCAAAAUACCGGAUGUUACAUGUAUUAUUUUCAACAUCGUAAUCAACAGUAUUGUGUCGACGCAACAGCAGAAUCUGAUAAAUUGGGACGAUUAGUAAAUCAUUCUCGUAAUGGUAAUUUAAUAACUCGAAUAGUUGAAGUGAAGUCAAUUCCACAUUUAGUUCUCAUUGCUAAGGAUGAUAUUGCACAGGGAGUCGAAGUAACUUAUGACUAUGGUGACAGGAGUAAAGAAUCAAUUCGCUAUCAUCCAUGGUUGGCUUUAUAACCAAAAGAAAAAAGACAACAUAACACAUGAGUAAUUUUAAAAAAAUAGGAUUUCGUUUUUCUAAAUAGAAAAAAAUACUUAGCAAAAUUAAACAUACAAUUCUCGUUUGAGAAUUUUAUUUAAUAUACUAUCGAGAAUUUUUGAAAAAAAAAAAAAAAUGGAAAUUUUAGUGCCACUGAAAAAAACCAGAUCAAUUUGCACUAGAUUUCUUUUAUAUUGAUCUGACUUUUGUGAAAUUUAUUAAAUUAUAACAGAAUGAAUGUCAAUUCAUCGCAUUGAACAAAUUAUUAUUAUAUUAACUUCUUAAAUGGAAAAAAAGUAGUAGCAAUUCAUUUUUCACUUGUGAAUAAAAAAAAUUUGUUAAUUAAAAUGUUUUUUUUUUUUUGUAAUGUAGUUUUCCUUCUCAAACUUGGAUAAUUGAAAAUUUAAAAAAAGAUAAUUAAAAUUAAUUUAAUUAUAAGAAUUUUUCUUGUAAUGAUGUAAAUUUUAUUUUUGAUUAAUGGCUGAUGUUAAUUUGUACUUGAUUAAAAUAAUAAUGAAAAAUGAAUUGCUCUUAAGUAAUUAUCAAUUUAAAGUUUAUUAAUAUCAAAAGAUUAAUACAAUUUUCAUAAUGAUGAUCCAAAGAAAUUGAUAGUGUAGUUUUUCCAUUGCUCGAAAGUUUGUUUUAAUAUAUAAAAUAUAUAUGUAUAAGUAAAAACAAAAUAUUAAGAUAUUUUAGAUGCAAUAUUUGCUUAAGUGACGCUGAGUGAUUUUUUUUAAAUUAUAUAAAAUCGCGUUUAAUGCAUUUUCGUGCUUACAAUUGAAGAAGGAAUUAGACAAACAAAAAAAAAAUAUAUAUAUAUAUAAAUUUAAGAAAAAUAUUUUUGGCUCUUUUUAAAAUCGAAAUUUAAAAGGAAUAAGUAUUGAAAAUAAAGAGCAAAUUAAUAUUUUUGAUUAGAAGUUUUUUCACUAUUGUAUGAAAGUAAUUAUUAAUUAUAACAUUCUGUGUCUAAAUCUAAUUUCAGAUUUAAGCCUCAUUCUCCUUACUUAAAAUUUUACUUUACUUUACUUUCGGUAUGUAAUCUGAUAGGGUUAUAUAAAAUUUGCAUAAUUUCCUUAAAAAAGAAAAAAAAACUCAAACACGUAUCCUGGCAGGAUCAUCAAUUUUGUGACGGGUUUUUUUUUU